AUGCGAAAAAAUCGAGAGUUUCUGCUCGUUUUAUUCCUCGUUGUGUUUAUACUCUUCUAUUUUAUAACAUCGAGAACAUCCGACGAUCCAUACUACAGUAAUCGAAGGAACAAGUUCAGUGGCGGCGGAGGAGAGGAAUACGAUCGGCCAGCCCCACAUCAAUUAGCCGUUCAAAGUGACGAUGGUUACAAUAGGACGUCUCCAUUCAUAUUCAUAGGAGGAGUCCCUCGAUCUGGAACCACUCUGAUGCGUGCAAUGCUUGACGCUCAUCCAGAUGUCCGAUGUGGAGAGGAGACACGUGUCAUUCCACGUAUUCUGAAUCUGAGAUCACAAUGGAAAAAGUCGGAAAAGGAAUGGAAUCGAUUACAGCAAGCAGGAGUCACUGGCGAGGUUAUUAACAAUGCGAUCAGCUCGUUCAUCAUGGAGAUCAUUGUCGGCCACGGUGACCGGGCGCCUCGUCUCUGCAACAAGGAUCCAUUCACAAUGAAAUCAGCAAUCUAUCUCAAAGAACUCUUCCCAAAUGCCAAAUAUCUUCUGAUGAUUCGAGACGGAAGAGCCACUGUGAACAGUAUAAUCUCUCGAAAAGUCACCAUUACCGGAUUCGAUUUGAACGAUUUCCGACAGUGUAUGACGAAGUGGAAUGCGGCGAUUCAGAUAAUGGUAGAUCAAUGCGAAUCCGUCGCUCCCAAUUGUCUGAAAGUCUACUACGAACAAUUGGUUCUUCACCCGGAGACUCAAAUGCGUCGGAUCACUGAAUUUCUGGAUUUACCGUGGGAUGAGAAGGUGUUGCAUCACGAACAACUCAUCGGAAAGGACAUUUCACUAUCGAAUGUGGAAAGAAGUUCAGAUCAAGUCGUGAAACCGGUCAACUUGGAUGCAUUGAGUAAAUGGGUUGGAACGAUUCCAGAAGACGUUGUGAGAGAUAUGGAUUCAGUGGCGCCCAUGUUGAGGAGGUUAGGAUACGAUCCGAAUGCGAAUCCGCCGAAUUAUGGAAAACCCGACGAACUUGUCGCCAAAAAGACGGAAGACGUACACAAAAACGGAGCCGAGUGGUACAAAAAAGCGGUUCAAGUCGUCAACGACCCGGCUCGAGUCGAUAAACCAAUAGUGGAUAGUGAUGCGUACGGAAAGAGUUAA